GGCUGAUCACCCGCGCAAUACGCGGGCUCGAAAUAGCAGGCCAUGGCUUUUGCGUGUGAGAAUGCGUUCCCUCUUAUCAGUAGCUCCAAAUUCGUUUUGCAUUAUUGGCUUGCACGGUUCUGGGCGAAUAUCGUUACGGAAAAGAAGCGAUGUGAAAUUGUUCUCUAUGAAUUGGCACACUACCAGGGAGGGGCCCAAAAACGGCCACCACAGGACGUCGUCGAUCCACACAGCGCAACAGCCGCAACUGCUUCCUGACCCUUUUCAUAAUCAAUUUUGCACCACCCCCCAUCCAUCCAUCUGUCCAUGCCAUCCAUCAUCAUGCACACGACGGAUAUUAGUCCGGCGGGAAAGAAGAUCGAAAGCAAACCCCAGCUAGCCAGGGCGCUCGGCGAUACGAUCGAUCUAUCAACGUUCGAUUAUCCUGCGGGCCGUAUCAUUGCGCCUCCUUCGAUUGCUGCAGCUCAGCUACUGCACGCUCAUCAUGGACCACAGAGCUAUCAGAUACACCAGCAGCAGCAGCAGCAGCAGCAGCAGCUUCAACACCAGCACCCAGGGGCUGCCCUUCGCCGGAAGCUACCGGCGGCACUCGUUGGCAGUCCACUGUUCGGUGCGACUAACGUUAUCUCGCUUGCUACCCCGAUCAGCUCGGGAUGCAACGCGAAACCUCCCUCCCAUCAGUACGAUUACAGGUAGUAGUAGUAGCAGUAGCUUUGACCGGACGAAUGCCGGUCCCUUCGCCGAUCAACACUAUACGUAAUGGCCAACCUAGAGCCAUUUUCUCUGUCUUCUCUUCUCUCUUCUCCUCCUCCUCCUGCUCCUCCUCGUUGUAUCUUUGCGCUUAACAUUAUGAUUCUGCUUCGCCCAUUUUUGGUUCGCCUUCGUAUGUAGUGCCUCUAGAGAUUGAGCAUGCUUUACUCAUUAAGGGAUUUGCCGCAUCGGUGAAGGUUUGCUAAUGA